AUGUCUGGGGGCCGCUCUCGUCUCUGUGCAGUGGGUGAAUGGGUGUCUUUUGUCUCCCGUGUUUGGGACGUCCUGGAUGUUGACCCCAGACCCUGCAGACCAGUCCCCUCUCCCUCAGACCAGUCCCCUCUCCCUCAGACCAGUCCCCUCUUCCUCAGACCAGUCCCCCCUCCCUCAGACCAGUCCCCCCUCCCUCAGACCAUCUCUAACUGUGAUUCUGCUGCUGUAUCUCUGCAUCAGCCGCUGACAGAAGCCUCAGCUCGGUUCCUGCUCCUCUCACCAGUCUUUGUCCCCCCUGCCCCAGGACGCUGCAGGAAUGUGGGCCAAGCACAGGUGGAAGUCCAUUGGUGGGUCGGCUUUAAGCACAAACGCGAGGCAGGAUUUGACGCGGGAGCCAGACCAGGAAGCAAUAAGAGCGACGAUAAGGAUCUGGGCCAGAAGAAGGAGGAAAGCAGAGAGAAGCGUUUGGAGACUGUCUUUUCCAUUCAGAUCCCAGCGGAGGAAUCCGGCCCGCACCGUCAGACCAAAGAGCUCCUCGCAGGACUGAGCGCUUUAUGGAGCACUUUGCGGGUUAAGGACGUGUGGCGCUGGAGGAGCACCCAGACGAACCCACAGCACCCACAGCACCCACACGCACCCACAGCACCCAGACGAACCCACAGCACCCACAGCACCCACACGCACCCACAGCACCCAGACGAACCCACAGCACCCACACGCACCCACAGCACCCAGACGCACCCAGGCGCAGCCACAGCACCCAGACGCACCCAGGCGCAGCCACAGCACCCAGACGCACCCACAGCACCCAGACGCACCCACACGCACCCACACGCACCCACACGCACCCACACGCACCCACAGCACCCAGACGCACCCAGGCGCAGCCACAGCACCCAGACGCACCCACAGCACCCAGACGCACCCACAGCACCCAGACGCAGCCACAGCACCCACAGCACCCAGAGCACCCAGACGCACCCAGACGCACCCAGACGCACCCACAGCACCCAGACAAACCCAGACGCAGCCACAGCACUCACAGCACCCACAGCACCCACAGCACCCAGACGCACCCACAGCACCCACAGCACCCACAGCACCCAGAGCACCCAGACGCACCCACAGCACCCAGAGGUACCCACAGCAGCCACAGCACCCAGACGCACCCACAGCACCCAGACGCACCCACAGCACCCAGAUGCACCCAGACGCACCCACAGCAGCCACAGCACCCAGACGCACCCACAGCACCCAGAUGCACCCAGACGCACCCACAGCACCCACAGCACCCACAGCACCCAGACGCACCCACAGCAACCAGAGCACCCAGACGCACCCAGACGCACCCACAGCACCCAGACGCACCCACAGCACCCACAGCACCCAGAGGUACCCACAGCAGCCACAGCACCCAGACGCACCCAGACGCACCCACAGCACCCAGAUGCACCCACAGCACCCAGAGGUACCCACAGCAGCCACAGCACCCAGACGCACCCACAGCACCCAGACGCACCCACAGCACCCAGAUGCAGCCAGACGCACCCACAGCACCCACAGCACCCAGACGCACCCAGGCGCACAUUUAGCAUCAAAUAA